AUGUUCGUAGCAGUGAGCCAGCUGUUUCCUGCUCGUCACCAGGGUGCUCCGCGCACCCUCCGCGGGGCCAACGGACGCAGCACCGACACGUACCGUCGCACCGUAGGGCCGGCAGUGCCGAAGGAUGCAGAGGGUGCGUACGAGUCGGCUUCUGGCCGGGUCUGUUGGCAACGAUAUAGCGCUUUAAGGGCGGCAGCUGACUCAGAGUCGUCUCCGAAGGACGCCUCCCAACGAGUACACUCUUCGCUUUCGAGUACCGGCAAGGGCGAGCACUCGAAGCAUAUGCGCCUGGAAACCAAAGUCGUGCAUGCUGGAAGCCACCCUGAGGAGUACACAACCGAUCCAUACGGUCGGACUGUAGUGAAUCCACCUGUGUACCACGCUUCUACUGUGCUGUUUCCAAACGUAGCUGCUAAAGACUUUGCUAGCAAAGACUGGCCGUUUCGUGGUUUCUCCUACGGACGGCAUGGGACGCCCACGCACUGGGCCCUGGAGGAGGCUUUUGCAGCACUCGAGGGUGGCGACAAUGCCUGCUGUGUUAGCAGUGGGGUUGCAGCAUGUAAUGCAGCGCUCUUGGCGUUCCUGCGCUCCGGCGAUCACAUUCUGGUUGCGGACACCGUGUACGAACCGACGCGCCUGUUCUGCAACAGUUUUUUAGCACGAUUCGGGGUGGAAACGACAUACUACGAUCCCGCUGCUCCAGUUGAAUCUUUGGAGCCACUUUUCAAACCAAAAGGUCGCACAAAGGUGGUUUUCGUGGAGUCACCCGGCUCGCUCUCGUUCGAGGUGCAGGAUGUGCGGGCGGUGAGCGCACUCGCGCACGCUCAUGGAGCGGUGGUCGUUAUGGAUAAUACGUACGGACCAACGCUGUUCCAGCCUUUCGCGGCAGGUGUCGAUGUAAGCUACAACGCAGCAACCAAGUACAUCGGUGGUCAUUCUGAUUUAAUGAUGGGCCUGAUCGCAUGCUCCCGUGAAACGUACCGCAAAGUGAAACGAUCGGUGAUGGAGCUCGGAUGCCCCCCAGGCCCUGAUGACUGUUAUCUGGCACUUCGUGGCCUGCGGACGCUCACAGUUCGUCUGAAACAGCACGAACAGAACGGCCUUGUUGUUGCACGAUGGCUGGAGACACGCCCUGAGGUUGCGCGUGUGAUACAUCCGCUGUUACCGAGCCAUCCGCAGCACGACCUCUUCAAGCGUGAUUUCCGGGGUGCGAACGGUUUAUUUACCAUACAGCUGCGUGACGUUUAUUCGCAAAAGGCAGUGAACGCCUUUGUUGACUCACUGAAGCUCUUUGGUCUGGGCUUCAGCUGGGGCGGCUACGAGUCCCUGAUCCUUCCGAUCGACAUCAACGCUGUCCGAACAGUGACGAAGUUUAAGUAUGGUGAUGGCUAUGGGCCGACGCUGCGAUUGCAUGUCGGACUGGAGGAUCCUCAAGAUCUUUGCGCGGAUCUCGCCCAAGGUUUUGCGGUGUUGGAUGCGGUGGCCGGACUCGCAGGUGAGGUUGCUCGUACGCCACCGCGCUGA